AUGGUCCUCGGUACUUCCAGGCGCUCACAAAACAUGCCCCUGCCGUCCCUGCGACCCCUCCACAAGUCCAUGCCGGACGUGGGCGACCACGCCGAUGCUGCCCGAUUACCAGUCUGUGAUUCAGGAUCGACCGGAUGCGCAGAGCACACCAUGGAGCAGGCCAAGUGGCAGAUUGACAGAACUGCGGCAAGUGCCGAAUCGUUGGAGGAGCAGGCGCGCGAGGCGCGUGCCGCAGCGGCAGUGGCCUUCAGCGCGUACGAGGAGCGUGAGAGCAUCCACGAGGAGGCCGCGCGUGGCCUGGCAGGCAGGGUUGAGCCGCGUGGAGCCGCCGACGUCGACGGUGCCACGCAGCACUUUGGAGGAUACCGAAAAGCCAUUGAGUUCGAUGACGGCAGGACUCUUCGGCCUCAGCGGGCUGGACGGAGCCGAAGCCACCGAUGA